AUGGCCGUCGGAAUAAUAUCUUCCGGCCUCCUUUCCACCCUACUUCUACUGCUGCUAUCAGUCUCCGCCAACUCUCUCAGUUACCAAACCCUCACCCCUCACUCUCUCCCUCAACCCAACAAAUCCCCUUUCACUGAUUCAUCAGAUUCCCAAACCCUAACCUCAUCCAACAUCGAAAACGAAAAUGAAAACACAAUCUCUCUAGAUUUACACCAUCUAGACACUCUUGCCGUCACCACCAAUGCAACCGCCGAGAGCCUCUUCAAACACCGUCUCCUCCGUGACUCAAUUAGAGUCAAAACCAUCACUUCCCUUGCUGCCGUCAAGGGACACGCAAACGCCACCCGACCAGGCCGGAGCAAGGCGGAUUUCAGUAGCUCGGUGAUCUCCGGUCUUGCACAGGGUUCCGGUGAGUAUUUCACCCGCAUCGGAAUAGGAACUCCGCCGAGGUACGCUUACAUGGUGUUGGACACCGGGAGCGACAUCGUUUGGAUCCAGUGCGCUCCUUGCCGGAGAUGUUACACACAAUCCGAUCCCAUUUUUGAUCCGUCUAAAUCGAAGACAUUUGGUGGCGUCGCUUGUGGAACCCCUCUCUGUAACCACCUCGAUUCGCCGGGAUGCAACCAGCGGAAGAAAUGUAUGUACCAAGUGUCCUACGGCGACGGUUCGUUCACCGUCGGCGAGUUCUCCACCGAAACCCUCACCUUCCGGAAAACCAAAGUGAACAACAUAGCUUUUGGAUGCGGCCACGACAACGAAGGGUUGUUCGUCGGUGCCGCCGGUUUAUUGGGUCUGGGUCGGGGCAAGUUAUCUUUCCCUAAUCAAGCGGGUCGUCAAUUCGGGUCAAAGUUUUCUUAUUGCCUCGUCGAUCGGUCCAUGUCGGCAAAACCUUCCUCUUUAGUCUUCGGAAACGCCGCCGUUUCACGGGUGGCCCGUUUCACUCCUCUACUCAACAACCCAAAACUCGACACCUUUUACUACGUGGGACUCACAGGAGUCUCCGUGGGAGGCGUUCGAGUUCCCGGAAUUUCGAGCUCACUCUUCGAGCUAGACAACUCCGGCAACGGCGGUGUAAUCAUCGACUCAGGCACCUCAGUAACCCGUCUGACCCGACCGGCGUACGUUGCGCUGCGAAAUGCAUUCUUGUCGGGAGCAUCUCACUUGAAGAGAGGCCCAAAUUUUUCGCUUUUCGAUGCUUGUUUUGAUCUUUCGGGGAAGACAGAGGUGAAGGUGCCAACGGUGGUGAUGCAUUUCACAGGUGCUGACGUGUCGUUGCCGGCGUCAAAUUACUUGAUUCCGGUGGACAGCAGUGGGAACUUCUGUUUCGCUUUUGCAGGAACGUCGAGUGGGUUGUCGAUCAUCGGAAACAUCCAGCAACAAGGAUUCCGGGUGGUUUAUGAUUUGGCGGGUUCCCGUGUCGGUUUUACACCGAGAGGGUGUGCUUAG